GCGAUCGCGAACGCGGACGGUUGAUAAGUUGUCGAGUAGCGGAGCGAGGAGGCGCGAGGUGCGAUGCGCGAGGCAAGAGGCAAGAGGCACGAGGCCGAGUAUGAGAUCGGUGAAGAAGGGAAAGAAGGGAGAGGAAGGCAGAGAGGCAGCGAGAAGAAGCGCCGGGACAGCAUGGAUUCCAGUUACGCGAUCAUUGGUAACGACGUCGACGUCUGCAGAAUGUUCGACCAGUUCUCUUACAAGAGAAACGAGAACCUCGAUUUCGCGUUGAACGUGCCGCAGUCUCAUCACCCGGCGCCCUAUCAUCAUCAGGAAGGUUACGCCAUGGCCGAUCAGGAUAGUGGCGAGUGUCGAUCUGGGUACGCGUGCGUGCGAGCGCGGGAAGAACGCACGCCGGAAUCGGAUCGCGGCGGACGCCGAGUGGUCUUAAUCUCCAAUGUUUUCCGGUCUCGUUCCAGCUCCACGUACAAUAGUCCGCAGAGCUCGUACGCGACGAUGAGUUCGCCUCGCCAGCAACACGGAAAUCAGAUGAUGAUGCUCCAGCAGCAGCAGCAACAACAGCAACAACAGCAGCAGCAGCAGCAACAGCAGCAGCAAGCUCAAAUGCAGCAGCAUAUGCAGUACAUGCACACUCAGCAGCAACAGCUGCAGCAACAAAUGCAGUACAGAAGCCCCACGGGGGGCAGUCCGCCCGCCGUUCAGUCGAGCUCGGUGCCCGAGCCGAAUAACAAUACCACCACCAGCGAGGACAGCGAUGAUAGCACACCGCACUCUGGAAUGAUCGCUGGUAUUAAACGACCGUCGCCCGAGCCGGCCGACGUUGGAGCGAAGAACCAGAGGAAGCCGAAGUCCCAGAAGAAGAAGAAGAAGAGGGAUCCCAACGAGCCGCAGAAACCCGUGUCGGCGUACGCGCUGUUCUUCAGAGACACGCAGGCGGCGAUAAAGGGGCAGAACCCGAACGCGAGCUUCGGCGAGGUGUCGAAGAUCGUUGCGUCGAUGUGGGACGCUCUGGAAACGGAACACAAAAACGUUUACAAGAAGAAGACAGAGGCGGCGAAGAAGGAGUACUUGCAGGCUCUCGCGGCGUACAGAGCGUCCCUCGUCAGCAAAAGCGCCACUGAGAACGAGCAACAGCAACAGCCGUCGCCUCAGCAGCAGCAGCAGCAGCAGCAACAGCAAGUCCAGUACACAACGUACGGAAGCUACUCCGGGACAGGGACCCCCGUGAACGUGUCGUAUCAGGUCUACAGCCCACAACCUCAGCCGCCAUCCCCUCAGCAACAGCAUUCUCAUCCGCAUUCGCAUCAGCAUCAACAUCCGCAUCAUUCUCAUCCCCAACAGCAGCAGCAGCAGCAGCAGCAACAACAGCAACAGCAACACCUUCAAAUGAAAAAGUCUACCCAUCAUUUAACGAUGGCGGGCAACCCUCAGCAGCAACAGUCGCAGAGUUUAAUGUCCAAUCCGAUGGUGCAAACGCAUAUUGGCCAGCAGUCGCAGCAGUCGCAGCCCCAGCCGCAGCAACAGCAACAUAUACAACAGCAGGUCUCCCAGCCGCAGUACAUGCAGGUGCAGCCGCAGCAGGUGCAACAAGUGCAAGUGCAGCACCAGUCGCAGCAGCACCACCAGCAGCACCAGCCGCAGCAGCAGCAACAGAUGCUGCACGCGAGCCCGCCGAAGGGAGACUCACUGUCGAGUCCCUCCCCGGUGGGUAGCACGGGUCAAGCGACCAUAGCCGGCCAGCGACCAGCGUCCAACGCUUGCAUCAGGCACGGCUGCCCGAAUCCCGCGGUCGCGAACAGCGAGUGGGAGGACGAGUACUGCAGCAACGAAUGCGUAGUCAGCCACUGCAGAGACGUGUUCACCACGUGGGUUUCCUCGAACCAGAAUCCACAACAGAACUUUUCCACCGUGAAGUAGGAAAAUAUUUAAUCGUUGACGCGCGACCAUCGCGAACGCGCUCGACGGUUAUAUACCGGUCGUGUGUAACGGUCUCCUCCUCGUGCGUCGUAACGCUCGUUACAGAGUCGUGUGUUCGUUCGCUCGUUCGCUCGUUCGGGUUCGACACGAGUAUACCUGAUCUAAAGUAUGUACAUAAAUUGACAACGAGAUGCGCGUAGAAUCGAGGAACUAAACCGACGACGCGACUCGACUGGUACGCGCAGGCAUACGCACGGCUCGGAGGUAAAGCAGGGCCCUCCUUUCCCGAGAACCUCCUCCUCCUCGCGUGUCUCUCCUCUCCGCCGUGAAACGAAUAUUUUUGAGCCGUGCGCGCUUCUCGUCGGACCAACGAGUCGUUCACCGCGCUUCUAUUCUCCUGUUUGCAAACGCGACGACUCCGCGCGUCGCGACAAAGUAUUAUGGAAUCGCCAAAGUAGCUCAUCGAACCGAACCGUAGUUCCGAGCCUUCGCAACCCUCUCAUUAAUUGCACCCCCAACCCCUGUCUCCUGUGAAACGCGUCGCGUCUUGGAAAAGAACGGCGAACGUGCGAGAGUGCAUCGCUUGAACGCUGCCCGUUAACACGUUGACUGCCAAAUAAGCUAGCCAAAACCUCCACACAGUUAAAAUAAUUUUCAUAAUAAACUAAACGGUCAAAAAUCUUUGUAACGGGUGCCCUGUUCUUUCUGUACUUAAUACAUCUAACAAAAUUCAGUUUUAAGUUGAUGGAGAAAAUGCCUGUAAAUUCGGACACGGCAGUCAAAGUGUUAACCGACGACGCGUCCAACGUGAUUUCUCGAUAUCAGUCGAUACUCUCGGUCUCUGCGAGUCGUUCUUCCGAAAAAACGCGUCGUAUUAACCCGUGUGCCAGAAACAUUCGACGAUUCCGAGACGUCUCGACGUCCAACGGGAGAGAAGGGCGAAGUCCGAGCUCACGUAGACACGUUAAGCGCCAUGUCAGCCACUGACGCUUCUGAAUGACUAAAGAACAAUCGUAACAAGACAACCGAUGUGAAAUAAUGUUUAAUAAGGCAACUAAGUUGAUAACAGUGUAACGCGAACGUUGCAACGCCAAACAGUUCAUAAGUAUUCCCACUUUUCUUUGCUACAAAAGACGAACUCUAUGGGACGACGCUUGAGAUUUUGGUGGCGCUUAACGUGUUGAAGCGAGGACCGACAAUAUCGAACAGGUCGAGGUCUCCUGUUCGCUCGUUCCGAAGUUCGACGAGCGCAACCGUGCGUGGACCGUCGAAACGAGUCGACACAGUAUCCGACCCCGCCGUCUGCUGCGUAUGUCCCGCGUAUUAAUCCUUGUCUCCUCGGCGUUGAUUCUGCGCUCUCCGAUAGCUGAUCUUUAGGACGGACAGAAGAAAGAUAGAGAAUCGAAGAACGGAGAAGCCCGCGUCGACUCGAACGUCGGCGCGACCGUUUUUACACGAUCGUUUCUUCUCGACAUCUUUGUACAUAGAUGAAAGGAAUAUUACA